AUGCAGCCACCGCCACCUCCCGGGUCUACGCCGCCAGGCCCUCCACCCCCGAUGCCGCCGCAACUUCAGGCCAUGAUGCGUCAGAUGGAAAAGCGCCAGCCCAAGUUCCAGCAGCAGAUACAGCCGCCAGCGCCGAACCAGCACCAGCAAGGUGGUCGGCCGAGUGACGACGUGCGUGACGCGUCAAGGUUCUUCCUGCCUUCGUUCUUGGAGGACCCAGAAGAAUUGCGUCCUCGACAAGUACAGUAUGCCACGAAUAACGGGCCCGGAAGAGUGUUCUUCCAGCCGUCAUUUCUCGAGGAUCCCUGGGCUCAACUGGUGCAUUGA